GUAAUGUAGAAUACAAUCUUGUUUGGCGUGGUAAAGAUCUGGUUGAAACUGAGAGUUGCAACAUUCGAUUUAAACCUUUUGACGAAGACCACAAAAUUUGUAUUGAGUCUCAAACCGUUCUGCUCGAGGAUUGUGGCAUCAAGAUGAUGUCUUACGACGGAAAAUAUGCAUAUCAUGUGAAAAAGACCUAUUCCUGCAAUGACAACUAUGCGAAGUUUUGUGGUAUUGUGGACUCGUAUGUUGGAAUCAAACUAAUUAUACCCAGCAGCAACCAUACCCGAGAUACAACUAACACUAUCAGACUGAAAGUCACCGUGGUGUACCAUUUUAAUAUCCUAAACCAUUUGAACCUGAUAUCAGGUGUUGCAUCAGCGAUAUUUGUUUGGAUGCCUUGGAUCGCAGCUAUUUACAUUUUAUGUCGUCGAGUAAAAAUGAAAGUACUUCGGUCACCAUAUUCAAGACUGAGGUCAACAAACAAUGAUUUGACAACUUGCUCUGACUCUGAAGAAUGCAGAAAUCCUAGUGACGUGAUAUCCCGGCCUUCAGAAGAUGAUAACCCCCGGAGACAUAUAGCUAGAACGGAUAUUGUCGUACAUACGUAACUGACUAAUUGUGAAACUAAAACUAAGCAAUAAACUGUAUGUUGAAGCCUUGCACUGGAGUUAAAAAGACUAGGUGGUCAACAGAUUAACCAUCAGAUCUACCAAGAUAUUUUACCUAUAAUUUCUUUCACUUCAGCUAUAAUCUAUUAUUGAGUAAAGUAAAAGUUCAUUUAUGUAACUUUGAAUUUGAGUGGUGUCCUAAAUCUUUACUCAAAACUCGUUUUUGAAGGGCAACGAUAAAAUCUAAUUAUUUUCAAACCUUAACAUUUUGACUCAAAUUGUAUAUCAUUUGUUGUUAUCUACUUCAUGGUGAGACGAAUCAAUGGAUGUUAAACUUAACUGAUGUAUUAUUUCAUCUGUUCAAAACUUUAUCGGGGUAUGUGGUAGAUUUUUCAUACUAUGUAUUAUUGUUUCGGUUAAAUUUAACUAUUUAUAUAUUCAUGUACUGUUUGUCAAUAAUGCUUAUCAAUAGCUGAUAAUCAUCUAUGUACUUAUAUUAAUAUGAUAUUAAUACACAUGA